CAGAGGACCGGCAGAUUUCUGGUAGUUUGUUCCAGAUAUUUGCAGCAUAAUAACUGAACGCUGCUUCUCCAUGUUUAGUUCUGCGUCAUUCAAACAGUAGUUCUGUUCUUUGUAAUGGUUCCAAAUACAACAUAUUCAAAUAACUUACCUAGAGUUGGUCUGAUAAUGUUCACUGAAAAUAACGGCAUAUAAUCAAUGGAUGACAAAUACUUCUUAAUGUGAGAUGUUUUGGUUUGAUUGCAACUGAUCUGCAAUGAAUAAGCAAUAACACAAUGUGUGCUUCUUUGAAAGUAAAGUAAAAAGCUUUAUUUUUUUUACCUUUUUUAGGUUUCAAAGCACAGGGGAGUUGAAGGACAAGUCAGACCAUGUCUACAAACACAGGUGAAGAACAUGCAGUCCUAAUCACCUUUCUCUCCAAACUGGGACUGGAGUCAUUUUAUCCCAACAAGCUCACUCUUCGGUCUCUAUUGGAGAUCAACAAAAACAGCAUAAAUGAAGAAGCUGCCUCAUCAGUACAGAAAAUACCUUGGUGCUUUCUCAGUAAACUAUUUAAACUCAAUGCAGAAUGCAGGGGCUGUACACAAGUAUCAAACAGUGAUGAUGAGGAAGAAAGCAGUGAUCCCCUUGAACUUGACCUUUACACUGCAGACGAUAGGGUUAACCCUCUCGACCUCGUAACAGCACUCUUCCUUUGUGCUGACAGCUUCUUGCAACAGGAAAUGGCCCUCAAGAUGUCAAUGUGCCAGUUUUCUGUCCCACUGCUGAUGCCCCAUGUCAAUAACAGUCAGAGUACACUGAUGCUUUGGGCUCUGAGGGACAUUGUCAAAGAGUGGUGUCCACACCUGUCUGAAUCAAGAGGCUUUGUUGAAAACCACAUUGUCCAAGCAAAGAUACCAUUCUUUUCCUUUGUGAGGCUCCAUAAUUGUAGUUUGUCCAAGUCCCAGAUUUUGAAUCAAGUUCUCAGCCUUGGCCAGCAGUAUCACAAUUACUUCAUACACAGAGACAUGAAAGGAGGAGCAAUUGAAAGACACAUUGCCAAUGGCUUGGCUGAGGUGUGCUGGUACCUUCUCAGAGGCAGAGAUUAUCCUGAUGUAUUUCCAGACCCAAUUGCAUUUGCCAAUCUGAGAGGAAACAUUUCUGAGUCACUUGCUCAGUUCACUUUUCUGUUUCAAGUGUCAACUGCUACCUUUGUUUUGCUGGACACAAUUGAAAAAGAGGAGCAUGAGAUUCUGACUUCUCUUCAAGAUGCGAAAUCCAAACUGUUCUUGGUUGUUAACCGCAAGGAUGGAAGUUCAAAAGAGGACAUGGAGUCUGUCAGGAAAACAGUGAAAGAAUUAGAUUUGCCAAACAGCAGUGUGAAAGUUAAAGACCCAAGAGUAAAUGUUGUGGAGUUUUCAGAUAAACUUUCUGCAGCCAUUAACAAGAUAACAGUUGGAACACUACCAAUGAGCAUUGAAAAUAUGCUUCAGAAAGCUGUUGAACUUGGUCUGUCUGUGGACGAAUGCACAAGUGGUGACCAAAAGAAAACCGCUGAGAAGAUUGUCAAAGGAAUUAGGGCGCAGAAGAUACCAGAUUACAAGAGAAAACAGCUUCCUCUGCAAGGCGCUGACUGGAAAAGGUUAUCGCAGUUAGAGAAAAAUGAAUGUAGGUUGAAAAUAAAUGGUAAUGUAAAACCGGAAGAAUAUAAAACUCAGCUGCAGAGAGAAAGACAACAAAUCAAGGAGAAGCUUGGCAAACAGAAUCUAUCAGAUGAUAUGAAGAGUUUCAUUGAAAAGUUACCUAAAAAUGAGAACAAGAGCAGAGAUUUCUUCCUUAAGUGGAUGAAACUCAAACUGGAUGCUCAUUCACGGGAUCAGCUAUCUUCAAUCUGCCACAAAUGGACAGAACAAAGCAACAAAAAGGACAAAGAUGUGAAAGCGAUUGCAAAGCUGGAUCAGGAGUUGCUGGAAAGCUCAUUAGGGAUAGAGCAUUACAUGAGAGAGAUGGGACUGAUCUAUGAGUUCCUGCAGUCACAAAACUCUGCUGAUGAAGUACAUCGUCUCCCUGGUUUGGCAGCUGAACUGCUGUUGGAUGGAUAUCCUUUAGAGCUCUUGGAUGGAGAUGCUUCCAACAUCCCAGAGAAAUGGGUGACAGAUGUACUAAUGGAGCUACACAGGAAGGUUGGAGAGAAGAGCAGACUGUUGGUACUGACCGUGUUGGGUGUUCAGAGCACCGGGAAGUCAACACUCCUCAACACCAUGUUCGGUGUGCAGUUUGCAGUCAGCAGUGGCAGAUGCACAAGAGGAGCGUAUAUGCUCUUCCUCAGAGUAAGUGAUGAUAUGCAACACCAGCUGAACUGUGACUUCAUAGUUCUCAUUGACACAGAGGGCCUCAAGGCUCCUCAGUUGGCACAACUAGAAGACAGUUAUUGGCAUGACAACCAGCUGGCAACCUUUGUCAUUGGUUUAAGUGAUGUCACAAUUAUCAAUGUUGCUUCAGAGAACUCCACAGAAAUGAAAGAUAUCCUGCAAAUUGCAAUCCAUGCAUUCCUGAGAAUGAAGAAAAUUGGUAAAAAGCCAAUUUGUCAUUUUGUGCACCAGAAUGUUGCUGGAGUCUCUGCUCAUGCAAGGACCUUGACAGAGAGACAACAUCUCUUGGACCAACUCAAUGAAAUGACUGAAAUUGCUGCAGAAAUGGAAAAGCAUCCCACUAUAAAGAGAUUCACAGAUGUGCUGGACUAUGACAUAAAAGAAAACAACUGGAACAUCCCCGGACUCUGGCAUGGGACUCCACCUAUGGCUUCAGUGAACACAGGUUACAGCGAAGCUGUAGCAGAUUUCAAGAAAAACCUCUUGGAGACAGUGAAAAAAGACAAAACCGGUGAUGUUUCACGGAUUCCAGAGUUUCUAGAAUGGGUAAGAAGUCUCUGGAAAGCAGUCAAAUAUGAGAACUUCAUCUUCAGUUUCAGAAACACUCUCGUGGCUCAUGCUUAUGACAACCUUUGCAAGGAGUUCAGUCAAUGGGAAUGGAAAUUCAAAAAAGACUUGAUCUUUUGGCAGGAUGGGGCAAAGUUAGAGAUCUUCAAUUCUGACAACCAAACACAUGUGAACACUUGGAAGACAUUGGUUGCCUCAAUAAAAACACAGUUGAUCGCCAGAAUAGAGGGUGGACGAACAGAAAUGGACGAGAAACUUGAUGACUACUACAAAAGGAAAGACAUACAUGUGAAUCUUGUAGAGAAAUACAAAAUUGACUUUAUCAACCGUAUCAGAAGUCUUAAAGACGAAUUCCAACAUUCAGUAAACAACGCAUUGGAUUGUGCGCUUGAAGAAAAAAAAAGUUUGAAAGAAGCUCAGGACAUUCAAAGCAAACAGAGAGAAAUGAUUGAAAAAGAAGUAAUGAAACUCCUGAGCGAUCGCAAACACUGCAUCGAACAACAGUUGGAACUUUCUGAAGAAGAAUUGAAACGUGACUUCGAAGAGAUGUGGACAAAAGUCACUGCAAAUGUGUCUGGACUGAAAGAACUAAACAUAUCUGAAAAAGUCCUUCAACAGUUGAGGAUACAUUUCUCAAAUCGUAACUUCAAUGAGGAAUUACAGAAUAUUAAAGAUCUAAAGGACAUAGUCAAGGGCCCAUUUAAAGUCAAAACUGAACAUGUCCAAGGUGUAAAGUAUUACGCAAAUGUAAUUAUUGCAAAGAUUUGGAAAAAAAAAGGUAUAAAGAGAGAAUUACAGAGAAAUGUAGACUACUUAAUUGAGUGUAUCACACGGUCUGUAUGUGAUAUUGCAAAGACUGAUGCAGAUUACCAUGACUCUUUAACAAAGGAUCUUUUGGAAAAAGUAGAUGAAUCCCUUAAAUCCUGGACUUUCAAUCCCAAGUUUGAGAUUGACCUGAAGCUUCACAUUUGUGGCAUUGCCUCAAGAGAGUUUCUUCAAAUGCACAGAAAUGUCUUGUCGGCAAGGGAUCCCAAAAUUCAGCUGAAGAAGUACGAGCCUCAGUACUUGUUGGAUUUUAUCGAUCUAUACAAAAAGAGAGAUCAUUGCCAACGCAAAGCAAAGGCUUUUGUCAGGCUUUGUAUCAAACCUGCUGUGGAAGAGUACAUCAGUAGACAUCUGGGAACCAACAUUGUGGAUGAAGUUUUGGCAGGCCGCCAUUCAGCAGAGUACAGUUCACGAAACUUUUUCCAGUACAACAUUCAGGAAGAGUUGCUGCAAAAGGAAGACUUUCAGAGUUUUGUCAAGUUCAUUCGUAAAUAUGAAAUUUAUGUAAAGGAUUUUAUAUUUCAGCACAUCUUGCAAGAAAUGUCAGAGGACAAAACUUUAUGCAAACUGAAAAGUGAGAAUCUGAAAGUCAUAGUUAAGAAAAUAACAGAUGCAACUGAAAGGGCCUCAAAAGGAGAGGAUGGUGUCCUGCUGCCAGAUAACAAGGAAAGCAUCACAGAGCUCAUCAAAAACAUGCGCACAUUUUUGACCAAAGAUGUCUCUCUUUCAGAAGAGGCUGAAAAAACCGCCCUGUUUCAAAUCCAAAGCACAUGCCAUCCAUUUAAAGAGAGCCUCGUCAAAUCAUUGAGUGAAAUGAAUGAACAGCUGCAGGAGGAGUUCUCAACAUCUGAAGACAUCACAGAGACUGUGAACAAACUUGCAACCAAACCACAGGAUGAGCUUUUCAAUCGGGUGUUUGGUUGUGGACAACAAUGUCCAUUUUGUAAAGUUCCUUGUGAAGCCGGAGGUAAAAAACAUAAGGAACAUCAUGCAGCUGUUCAUCGGCCACAAGGUCUCGGUAGAUACAGCUAUGAAGGCACUGAGAAGCUGGUGGAAACACUGUGCACAACUGACGUUCACAGUGAAUGUAAAUUCAGAUGUGUAGACACUAAUGAAGAGUGGCAUCCUUACAAGGACUACAGCACGAUCUACCCAGACUGGCUCAUUCCUCCAGACUACACCAGGGAGGCAUCUGACUACUGGAAGUAUGUCCUGGUUAAAUACAAUGAGAGAUUUGCCCAAGAAUAUAACGCCAAGCCAGCUGAUGUUCCAGAAGCAUGGAGGAAAAUUACAAAGGAACAAGCACUGAAAGGCUUGAAGGAAGCCUUCAACAUUACAUGAACAACAUGUGAUCCUGACAAAUAUCUCUUAAAAAACAACAUUUAAACAUGGGAAGAUUUUUCAUAUCCAAAUGUACAGAGAAAAACAAAAAAACAGGGCAAAAAUACCAAACAGAUCAAAAAUGUAAAAAAUGAUAAAGUUGACUGCACCAUGAUGUUUACUGGCAUCCUUCAGUCUGUUACUAUUUUUAAGAUUACAAAUGUUUUGUUUUUCUUUAUCAAUCUUCUAUAAGACCUCAUGUACAAUGACUGGUAGGCACGAUACUGAUGUCAACAAAAAAAGGAACAAUUCUUUACAUCGUUAUGUUCUGUCUAUUUUCAAGAUAUUGUAUUCCUGUAAUGUGAACAAAAUUAUACUCAAAAUGAUGUACAUCAUAGUCCACCUGAAGAAAGACAUCAUGUUAUUUGUUUCUGUCAUUUUAGUUUUGUAACUACAUUUCAUUAAACUGUCUUAAACGUUGUGCAUUAUAACAAAGUUGAUGUCAAUGAUAACGAUGGUUUACUACAAAGACCGUGUUGGAGACAGAGAGAUGUAAAUGUCCGCAUGACUCAUGUAUUGCUUCACAUUUGAGCUUUUAAGUAACACGUUUUGCAGAUAAAAACCAGGAGGACACAAUUAGGAGAUUUGAUACCAGUAUGGGAAUAAUACAUAAAGAUACAAAUGACUUGCUUUUUUUUCUUGUUUUAUAAUGUGUACUCAUUCCUUGUGUUCAUGCAAUGAUGUCUAAAGACCAUGUGAUGAGAUCAUGUUUGUUUUGUUUUACUACUUAGUAUUACUUUCUCCACCGUUUUUCUUUUUUUGAUUUUAUUAUUCACCAUUUAUUGUAAAUAUAAACGUUGAAGUGUUCUUGGAGAGUACAUAAGCCAGCCUCAGUUGAAGUACUGUAAGUGCAUGUUGAUGACGUUUUGCUUCAUGUGCAAAUACUGUGGCAUCCUUCACAUCUUGUUGAUGAGGAACUUUUGAUUUUCAUUCUUUUAACGGAUAAUGAUGUGAUGAACAAGUCAGAAAGAAGGACUGAUUGCUCAGAUUACACGAGUUUUAUUUUUUGAUGAUUGCUCUUUUCAUAAAGACUAGUGCACAAAUAUAAAGAAGCUGAUGUUGUUGAUAAUGUUAAAAUACAAGAACAGAGAAACAGA